CCUUGCACUUUAGGAUGAUCUCGUGAUUGAAAAUCUAGUAAUCGCUCGACACCUGGGCACGUCGCAGGCGCGCUUUCGUCUGAGGCCGGACCUCCGUGCUGUUUGCCCGCAUGAUUGAUGGAAACUGAAGAUUCUUCAAUCUUUGGCUGAAUGGACAAGUGGAAAAAACUUAGAUGGAAGUUUUUCUUCCUCUUCGUUGGCAUCUUCAUCUUCAUGGUUGUGGUUGUGAGAUUCCCUGGGACAUACAGGGCCGUCCCGAAGCCAAUCCUAAACCAGCGUCGGGUUCCAAACCCUUGCCCUCUAUGGAUCUCUGACCAGACUAUCACCCCGCUCAACAAUACCAGGCACUUGCUGGUUUCAGCCUUCAUGGAUCAGAGGGUGAAAGACUUCGAUAUACGCAUCAUUAGUAUAUUCAGAAGAGACUCAAUUCAUCCCCUUCGCUGUCUUUUUUGCUGUGCAGGCCUGUUAUCAAAUACAACAACUCAAUCAAACAUCGAAGAACACUCGGACAACUUUGGUUUUCCUUUCGUCACUACAGAUGUCAUGUGUAGGAUUCCUCAAAACUGCAGGGCUACACAUGUCAGUCUUGUGAGUCAGACAGAUGGUGUGAAGGUGUCUGAGCAGAUCUGGCUCCCCAUAAGAAACCAGAAGAGCGAUUGGAAGGAAGAGAGAGAGUUGCAAUUUAACUUUACAGUAUGCAUCUCCAACCUGUUUGAAUUCAACAAUGUACUUCAGUAUGCCCAGACCCUGGAGAUGUACAGGUUGCUGGGUGUGGACAGAGUGGUGAUCUAUAACACCAGCUGUGGCCCAGAACUCGACCGCCUCUUGCAGACCUACAGCCAGGAGGGCUUUGUGGAGAUGGUUCCCUGGCCCAUCGACAAGCAUCUGAACCCAUCUCGUGGCUGGCUCUUCUCAAAGUAUGGAGGGGAAAUGCAUUACUUUGGCCAGCUGGCCACGCUUAAUGAGUGCAUUUACAGAUCCAUGGACCGAUCACGCUACGUCCUGUUGAACGACAUAGAUGAGAUCAUAAUGCCAUACCAACACAACAGCCUAACACCUCUCAUGGACAUGCUCCAAGGGCAGCAUCCAAAAGUUGGGGUGUUUCUCGUUGAAAACCAUAUCUAUCCCAAGAAACCCUUUGAGGAAAGUAAAAGGGGUCCCCUGCCUCAGUGGAGAGGGGUGCCAGGCUUUAAUAUUCUGGAGCACAUCUAUAAGUGGGAGCCUGACAGAAUGGCACUGUACCACCCGUACAAGUUGAUCGUUCGGCCAAGGCUGGUGGAGCAGACGUCGGUGCAUUCAGUGCUUAAGACGUUUGGAGAGCAGUUCAGGAUUCCACCGGAGUAUUGUCACAUUGUUCACUCUCCACUGAGCACGCCUUCUGUUCAGCCGGUGGAGAAGAUCCAUGUGGACACCCGACUGUGGGACUUCAAAGACAAGCUGAUCCCUAUUGUGAACAAUGUGCUGAGGAGAGCGGGGCUGAUGGACGAACGCUCAAAUGGAUAAUAUUUUCAAUGCUGCUUUGCUCCUCCAACAACCUACCACCACCAGUGCCAAGGCCCUCUGGGAUCUGUGACUGGCUGCUGUUUAGUAUAUGUCUCAUCACCAAAGCCUUAAAUAUGUAACAAAUUAGUGAUUUAAAGUUUUUGAUAUUGCUGUAAUAAAAUGAACUUGUGUGUCUACCCUUAAAAAGCGUCCCUUUUUACAAAGAAGGAAGAAGGAAAUACUAUGCGCUUUGCUCCUGUACUUAAUUUCAUCUGGCACAACAGGGUAUCCUUGCAUAUGCCUGUGCAUGCACAUGGGUGUCGGCGGGCCCGCGACCCGGACCACUUGACCGACAGAAAAAAUAAUUAAAGUAAUAUGUUUCUCACUUCA